AAUCAUGUUAUUUUCAUAGGCGGUUCAAUGUUUACCAACUAGCUCUUUUAGUAGCUAAUUUGUUUUUUUAUUCAAUAUGAUUGAGGCUCCAUGGGGACUUUACUAGGUUUAUCCCGCGGCAAACCCUCGGUUUAUGAACUGCGAUGUUCAUUUUUCGGCAAAAGAACAAGCAAUGAUCCUUCUUGGUCGUCGUUUCAUAUCUGGACUUCAAACUCAAGGCUCUACUUCAAUAUGGAUAGCACUUGUUGGGACURUGGCAAUAUUAGCACUACUAUGUUGGAAUUUUCAAAAUUAUUGGGAAAAAGAUGUUCAAAAUUUACUGAUAAGAAGCAGGRAUAUUCAUUGCAAGUCUUGUACUCGAAAGUUGCGUAAAUCUUCAGACGGUCCAAGCGAAGCGCAUCUUCAAAAUUGUUCCAGUCUUCAAGCAAAGAUUGAAGCUCUUGAAAAGAAGUUGAAGAUCUACGAGACAGUGGGAAAACUUACGGAGGAUAAUUCAUUAGUUAAUAACUACGGGAAUAAGGUUCGUCAAAAUAUCCUUGUGAUCUCAUGUCUGUACUGUGGUAGCUCGUUUCUUGGUGAAAUGUUAAAUCAACAUCCAGAGGUUUUCUACUUGGAUGAACCUGUAGAGUCUCUGGUUUAUUACCGUGAUAACCGUCCUGAAAGCGUCUACGAUGCUAUGGUAACACACUUACUAAACGGUAUUUUUCACUGCGACUUUGCCGAGCUUGGCUAUUUGACUGAUUUUUUAUCMCUUCAGUAUAGUUCCUUGAGACAUAGAUUAGCAAGCAGGGCAUUAUCUUCACCGCCGCUCUGCCCCAGUUCCAAAACGCACCAAUCUUUUAACAUUCGGAUGUGCACGAGAUUGCGAUCCGCAACGGUCUCGGCAAUAUGCAGUCUUCRYAAACAUACUGUAGUCAAAUCUGUUCAAGUAGAUUUUAUCCAUAAGCUGUCGUAUUUGAUGGACUCUCAAGGACCUGCGGACUAUGCCCUGAAAGUCGUCCAUCUUGUGCGGGAUCCCCGUGCCUUAAUGGACGCGCAGGUGGGUCAUGUCAAAGGGAGYUGGACUCUAACAUCAUUACGACARCAUGCGAAAACAAUGUGCAACGAUUUACUUUUAAACAUCAAGUAUGCGGUAAGCGCACCUCCUUGGUUGCAAGGUCGGUACACGUUGCUAAGGUAUGAAGACUUAGCAACCAAACCACAUCAAAUCGCAGAACAACUUUACCAGUUUGUUGGUAUAACGAUAGCCUCGCAAGUGCGACGAUGGAUCGAUCGUGCUCACAAAGACAGCGUUCCUUCUUUCUCGGGAAUGAGUGAUAAAAUAAUUGUUUCAUCUGACUUGAAGAACAAACAAAAAUUAGYCGAUAGUGUUUAUAAAUGGAGGGAACGCAUGCCCUAUUCUGUAGUUAGGAUUAUUGAAACUGAAUGCUAUGAAGUGAUGAAUUUGUUAGGRUAUAAAGUAGUAGAUGAUGAAGAGGAACUUAGGACAAUUACAAUACCAUUGGUGGAUUAGGUAGAAUUCUUAGUAACUUAAUAAAAUAAURAAAUUAA